AUGACGAUUAAGCUAGAAACUGCUAACAGGAACUGGGUGCUAUACGCAUCCGAGUGGACACUGCCACUGGCAAACCCAAACAGCUCACAACGUAACUUCUCUCUUCAUCCCCAAGUCCUGAAUCUGACUCCCCUCGAUCCGACGCAACCCAACACAACAAAACUCAUCUCAACUCAAACUCACUCAACUUGGCACUCAAGACAACAACAACAACAACGACUAAAUCGCGACAAUUUCAGGCAAGCGAAAAUGCCUUGUCCUACUAAAGAAUGUCCAACGCCCUCAGGCAACAACCCGCAAGCGAUGUCCUCCGAAAUCCUCGACGAAGUCAACGAGCGCCUUAUCGAAUGGCUCAAGCAAGAAGCAACAACGUUCGACGAUGAAUCAUCCGAAGAUGAAACGUCCUCUGACGAAGAAGAACCUGAAAAGAAGUCAUCUAGACCUUUUGGAAGUUUGGCUCUCCGCCUGAAGAAAUGGUUCACGGGCCAUCACCAUCAAGAGAAGUAA